AUGGGCCAAUCCUCUUCUACUCACGCGCCGUCGCCGCUUCCGCCGCGGUCAACCCAGCGCCACCACCGCUCUAUUAGUCUAUCUUCUUCGUUUUCGGCUCGAUCAGAUAUUUUUUCCUUUAUGCACUCCAAAAAGGAACCCUCGUUUGAGGUUCCUGAUGCUGUAACGACCACAAUCGACUACACAUCUGAAAUUCCCGAUGAAUGCUUAGCCAUAGUUUUCCAGUUCCUCAACUCAGGCGAACGGAAGCGAUGUUCCCUUGUCUCUCGCCGAUGGCUGCUUGUCGAAGGCCAGAGUCGCCACCGACUAGCUCUAAACGCCCAAUCUGACCUCAUCCCCGUUAUUCCGGCCAUUUUCUCACGGUUCGAUUCCGUCACCAAACUCGCUCUCCGAUGCGACCGCAGAUCCGUUAGCAUAAAUGACGAAGGGUUGAUUCUUAUCUCUUUGCGAUGCCCUAAUCUCACGCGCCUCAAGCUCCGCGGAUGCCGAGAAAUAACUGAUGUAGGUAUGGCUGGCCUAGCCAAAAACUGCAAGUGUUUGAAGAAAUUCUCUUGCGGAUCUUGCAUGUUUGGUGCUAAAGGCAUAAACGCCCUCCUCGAUAACUGUUCUUCUCUCGAGGAACUCUCAGUCAAGCGAUUAAGAGGCAUCAACGAAGUCGGAACAGUAGAGUCGAUUGGUGCCGGUGCCGCGGCUUCGUCGCUCAAAACCAUAUGUCUGAAGGAGCUUUACAAUGGACAGUUCUUCGGACCUUUGAUUAGCGGUGCGAAGAAACUGAAAACGUUGAAAUUGCUGCGCUGUCUAGGCGAUUGGGAUAGGUUGUUGGAGAUGAUUGCCACUUCAGAUAAUUGUUUGGUUGAAGUUCAUCUGGAAAGGCUUCAGGUGAGCGAUGUUGGUCUUUCAUCCCUAUCUAGCUGUUCCAAACUGGAAACUUUGCAUAUUGUUAAGACUCCUGAAUGCACAAAUACUGGUCUGAUUGCCGUCGCUGAGCACUGUAAGUACUUGAGAAAACUCCAUAUCGAUGGUUGGAGAACAGACAGGAUAGGAAACGAGGGUUUGAUUGCGAUUGCUAAACAUAGUGUGAACCUUCAAGAAUUGGUUUUAAUUGGGGUGAAUCCAAACUCAAUAAGUCUAGAAGCUAUUGCUACAAAUUGUCAGAAGUUGGAAAGAUUAGCUCUAUGUGGAAGUGAAACAAUAGCUGAUGGAGAGAUUUCUUGCAUUGCAUCAAAAUGUGUGGCUUUAAAGAAGCUUUGUAUAAAGGGGUGUCCUGUUUCUGAUGAAGGGCUUGAAGCUUUUGCUUGGGGUUGCCCUAAUUUGGUAAAGAUUAAGGUGAAGAAGUGCAAGAAUGUGACUUGUGAAGUUGGAGAUUGGUUAAGGGCUAGAAGGGGAUCAUUGGUGGUCAAUUUGGAUGUCUGUGAAGUUGAAGCUGAAGUUGUGGAUGCAAGUACUAGUGAUGGAGUUCAAGAAGAUGCAGUUGAGUUUCCUCCAAUAGUUAGACAUGUGGCUGAUGGCCAACCUAACCCUUUGACAACUGGCUCGAGCUCAAGUGCUGCCGCCAAUGGUCGUAGACCAUCUACAUUCAGGACAUUAGUCAGCUUCUUUGGACAUAGGGGUUUCGCGCCUUGCGCUUUCAGGAGGUGAUCAAAUGGUAAAAUAGCACUUCCAAAUGGUAGCUUAUAUUGAUCACAAAGCUUGUGUUUCGGUGUUAAUACCCGAUUUCAUUUCAAUCUCUGCAUGAUUCACAUUUUCUUUUUCUUUUUUCGAAUUUGAUAUCAAGUUGGGUUCUUGCUUUCUUUGAUUGUAACCAAGCAUCUGGAGUGUUUAACUGGAUUCCAAUGGUUCAUCCACUCUAGGUGUCUUGCCUUUUAAUACUUUCUUUGAAGUUCUGUUUUAAUUCUUUUCUCCAUAUGGAAACAGUUGCUGGUAGGAUAUGGCACUCAUGAGUCUUGAAAACUCUUGAGAGGGUUUCAAAAGUGUUGCUUUUGUUUGUUGAAUCAAAUGGUUAAUGUUUUACCAAACCAUGGUCCUGU